AUGGCCGCUUCACUAUGGAAGGGGCUCGCUGUCCUUUACUUUCUUCUUUGCACAGCUAUACCAGUAUUUGCAACUGUCACAAUCAAGGGUGUCCAAGAAGGUGUUAACCAGGGUACUGGCCAAAGACCUGCCCGACAAAACCUUGCGACUUGGGAGUUUUCCGGGCCGGCUUUCGAUCUAUAUAUACAGGCCCUCCGCGAGUUCCAAUACACAGACCAAAAGGAACUUCGUAGCCACUACUCUAUCGCAAGUGUUCAUGGAUUGCCGUAUGGACCAUGGGACGGGGGUGAGACCACUUCCCGACAGCAGGGAUACUGCUUGCAUGACUCCACAUUGUUCCCUCUCUGGCACAGACCUUACUUGGCUCUUCAUGAGGAAAUGAUCUGGACACACGCUCAGAAAAUUGCCGCUUCUUAUCCUGAGAAAGACCGUGCCAAAUAUGUCACUGCUGCAAAGACCCUCCGGAUUCCAUACUGGGAUUGGGCCAGCAACCCUGAUAUUCCGCGCUCUAUGACUACCGCCAAAAUUAAUGUAAACACUCCUACCGGCAUGCAGAGCAUCGACAACCCUCUGUAUCAGUACAAGUUUGACCCCUCUGUAGAAAAGGGGUUCCCAGAAGGGGAUUCGUUUACAUCCAACCCCCAUUCUACUCGAUUCCCCGACGCGAACGGUGAAUCUCAAAAUGACCGAGCCACCAGGGCUAUGAGAUCAAAUGGUGCAUCCCUCCGGUCAAGCAUCUACCAACUCCUAAGCAGUGAAUCGGAUUAUAGCACUUUUUCAACCCAAGCAUUGCCAGACCGUAGCGGAUAUAACAAUGUUGAAACUGUGCACGGCUAUGUCCAUGGCCUGGUUGGUGGUCAAGGCCACAUGACUUAUAUCCCAUGGUCUUCUUAUGAUCCAAUUUUCUGGCUUCACCAUGCAAAUGUUGAUCGACUCAUCGCCCUUUGGCAAGCCAUCUAUCCUGAUUCAUAUGUCGCACAAGUACCCAACGGCGGCGGCGCGUAUAUGACUGAGCGAGGAACUGUGGAGGAUGGAAACACACCUUUGUACCCAUUCCAUGCUGAUGACAGCACAUACUACACUGCCAACUCUGCACGGUACACCAAGACUUUCGGGUACACCUAUCCCGAAAUUGAAGACUGGGGUGUCAGCAAGGCCGAUCUCCAGAAAAAUGUUCGACGACGUGUUAAUGAACUAUAUAAUGAUCCUUCCAAACAAGCCGCGAAGCGGUCCACCAUCCAUCGUCGUGCACAGAGAUACGAUUCGUACAUCCAAGGAAGCAACAAAAGCCAAUCGCCAAGUACCACGGAAUCCCGCUUUGAGGCUGUACUGGACGAUGCGUUUGAUAUGGUUGAAGCCAUUGGUGACUCUAUCAGCCAAAGCUUGGAUCGAUUUGACGAAUGGGGUGUCAACAACAUGAAGAAGCAGUGGGUUAUCAAAAUCAGGGUUAACAACAUCCACUUCUUCAUGGGAAACCCACCAAAGGACUCGAAUACCUGGCGUUAUGCACCCAAUCUGAUCGGCUCAUAUGGAACAUUCGUUCACGGAAUGGGUAUGCCAAACCCUAGCAUGGUUGGCGGAGAGGUGCCGCUUUCUCCAGCCCUCGCUGCUCUUCUUUCUACCAGCACCAUCCUUGGCUUGGAUGACACCGUGGUCGUCCCUGUCCUCACCAAAUUCCUCACUUGGAGAAUUCAGGAUCAAGAUGGGAAGGUCAUUCCCACUGAGGAUGUUGCUAAGUCCAACGGUGGUAAAGGACUUGAGAUCCGCGUUGCUAAGCGUGAUGUUCAGCCCUUGACUAAGGGUGACCUCGAUAACUUCCCUCAGUUCGGAGAGUGGGAUAUGUAUGAUAGCAUUACCAAGGGGAAGGUAGGGGGCUAUUAA